AUUCCCCUCCGCUCCAAAUGAGCCGGGGCGAAAUACCAAUUCUCCGAACCCCAAAUCGAAAAGCAGUAAAGAGUAGCUUGUUCCUGUUAGUACACUUGGCUGAAUAGGUGGAUGCUAAAAUUUCAGGUUCCUUAGGGUUUCCUCAAGCCUCUGCAAUCAAAUCUCCGCCACGCAUUAUGGCGGCAACCACCAAGCUCCUCCAACUCCGCCCUAAAACCCUCCCCCUCACCACCACCACCGCCACCACUCCAGCCGCCACUUCAGUUCAUUUCUUUUCAUCCUCCACCACCCCUGACCCUGACAAUACCCCCUCCCCGCAAUCCAAACCCCGUCCGCCACCACCCCAAUCCCAACCCCAACCCCAAUACCAAUCCCAAUCCCCAUUUUCGUUUUCUUCUUACAUCAGUGAUGUCAAAGCCAGCCUCAAACAACAACAACAACAACCACAGCAAUCACAAUGGAACCCUCAAUCCCAACCCCGUCGAAAACCAUUCUCUUUCGCCUCCCCCGUCUCAAAGCAAUCCGACCAGAUAGAAGAAAUCCGCAAAAAUUUACUUGAGUUUCGCCGCCGUUCUGCACCACCUCCUCCAACACCACCACCUCCUCCAUCCUCCACUUCUAGCACUACUUCUGCCCCGAAUUCCUCCCGGUCCAUUUCGUUUCAAGAACUUUACCAGCGGGGUCUCGCUUCCAAAGGUCAAGAGUCCGCCCCAGGUGCCUCGGAGGCAGUGGUGAAGGAUUCAUUCAGGACUAUCCGCGACAGCUUAAAUCAGCUCAAACCCUCUUCAACAAACCAGAGUCAAGGGGGUGGGAGAACGAACAAUGCCAUGCCCAUCUCGAGGUGGAAAGAGAGUUUGACGACGAGGCCACUAGACCCAAGUUUGCCAUCUUUGCAUCAAAGGGGGAUUGAAGGGAGCGAUCAUUUGCCGCCGUCGAUUUUUCGACGGGAGAUGAACGAAGUGGACGCGGAGGAUGGUACUCAAUUUCAGACGGAGUUUGUGAGGAUUUAUUCCACUCGAGAGUUGGGCGAGAAGCUCAGGGCGCUAAGGCCCGAGAGACGGGACAAGAAAGAUUGGUUUUCAUUGGAAGAGUUGAGCGAAAGGCUGGUGAAGUUGAGAAAGAUGGAGGAGGAGGAGAUAAACUCGAAACCUGCUGGUGCUACCUGGAUGACUUUGAGGAAAAGUCUUCAAGCGAUCAGUGAAACUCAGAGUGAACCCAAGAAGCACAACAUUGCUAUCUUGGGCCAGCUUCCUCCACUCUACAUGUCAUCUCCCCCAAAGGAAGAAUUAGUUGAAAAGUAUUUCCACCCUGAUCACAUGUCAGCUGCCGAGAAAUUGAAGCUGGAGCUUAAGAAAGUGAGAGACAAAUUUAAAUUGUCGGAGUCAGAUUGUGGUUCUGCUCGUGUUCAAGUGGCACAACUCACAACAAAGAUUAAGCACCUAUCUACAGUUCUGCACAAGAAGGACAAGCAUUCUCGAAAAGGUCUUGAAGAAAUGGUUCAAAGGAGGAAGAAAUUAUUGAAGUAUUUGAGGAGGACUGACUGGGAUUCUUACUGCUUCGUUCUCUCAAAGCUUGGUCUUCGCGAUAGUCAGGACGAUUAUGCCAAGAAAAAGAACUAUCCGUCCAAAAAGGACCAUUCUGGUAAAAAAAAGGCACUUAAAAAUUAGAGCAUACUGUCUCUCUGUUUCUUCUCAUUGGUUUUGUUCAUUGCUUCAUCUGUCCACAUUGGGAAUGAUGGCUUAGAUUUCUGGUUGCCAUUGUCAUCCCCUGUUCUCUGCAAUGUCAGUGUACUAGUUCUCUUGAUGUAGUGAAAGUGAAAACUUUGAUAUCUAGAUACCAAUCUUGAGAACGUCUAGGUAGAAAUCACGUACAAGAAUGGUGAGCAUACAGUGACAGGUACUGUUUGUGCAGUCCAAUUUUUUCUUGUUCAAUAAAAUGUUAUGUUAUUCCUUGCUGCUGUA